UGGGAGGGGGAGGGCAGAGCCCUGACCCCCCUCUCCCUGCAGGGGGUUGCUUCCUGGGUUCACCCGGGUUAUCUAGCUGAUUCACUGUUGAUGGAAAAACAGGGCUGGGCACGCUGUGUGGACAGUCACUGAAGGCGGAGGAAACUAGUCUUGAAAACCCUGACAAUCAGCUGAGAGAGAACUCCUGAUCACUGCUGGCACUGUUUCCAGACGGGGCCAGUCUUCGAGGUGACCGAGACGCCGAGCUGCUUCAGCGGUGGUCGCUUCCCCCAUGCUUGAGGGUGCCGAGCUCUGCUUUAACGUGGACCAUGGCUACCUGGAGGGCCUGGUGCGAGGGUGCAAAGCCGGCCUCCUGACCCAGCAGGACUACAUCAACCUGGUCCAGUGUGAGACCCUGGAAGAUCUGAAAAUUCAUCUCCAGACCACGGAUUAUGGCAACUUCUUGGCCAAUCAGACAAGUCCGCUUACUGUUUCCACCAUUGACACAGAGAUGAGGAAAAAGCUAUGCAGAGAGUUUGAGUAUUUUCGGAAUCAUUCCCUGGAGCCCCUGAGCACCUUUUUCACAUACAUGACGUGCAGUUACAUGAUCGACAACGUGAUUCUACUGAUGAACGGGGCGUUACAGAAAAAGUCUGUGAAAGAAAUGCUGGUAAAGUGCCACCCGCUGGGCCGUUUCACAGAAAUGGAAGCCGUCAACAUUGCAGAGACGCCUUCGGAGCUCUUUAAUGCCAUCCUGGUGGAAACCCCGUUAGCUCCAUUCUUUCAAGACUGUAUGUCUGAAAAUACUCUAGAUGAGCUGAAUAUUGAAAUACUGCGCAAUAAACUGUACAAGUCUUACAUCGAGGCAUUCUAUAAAUUCUGUAAGAAUCAUGGUGAUGUCACAGCAGAAAUUAUGUGUCCCAUUCUUGAGUUUGAGGCUGACAGACGUGCUUUUAUCAUCACUCUUAACUCCUUUGGCACUGAGUUGAGCAAAGAAGACCGGGAGACCCUCUACCCGACCUGCGGCAAGCUUUACCCUGAGGGGCUGCGGCUGCUGGCCCAAGCAGAAGACUUCGAGCAGAUGAAGAGAGUAGCGGAUCAUUACGGGGUAUACAAGCCUUUGUUUGAGGCUGUGGGUGAUGGCAGCGGGGCAAAGACACUGGAGGACGUGUUUUAUGAGCGUGAGGGCGUCCUGUUGAGCUGAGCAAGUGACUUUGGGAUGGAAGCUGGUGUUUUGGUGGAAGGGGCUCCCCACCUGGCCAGCAAGUUCAGUCACAUCAAUCAUGGAGAUGCUGGAGGGACGGAAGUCACAAUCAGUUUGCUCUCAUACUAAAUUGAAGUUAUAAUCCAAAACAUCUAAUGCUACAUCUUAAAACUAUUGAUGUACAUAGCCAUCAAAUGCAUUAAAAAAUGCUACUAGUUUUUUGCAAGAAAAGGAGGUGAAAACUGUAUAGAUUGGUUGAAAAUAAUUGCUGACCUAUAAAUACACUCAACUGAUCUUUGAGAAAAGAGCAAACGUAAUAAAAUGGAGCAAAGAUAGUCUCUUCAACCAGUGGUGCUGGAACAACUGGACAUCCACAUGCCAAAAAUGGCUCUAGACAUAGGCCUUACACCGUUCACAAAAAUUAACUCAAAAUGGAUCAUGGACCAAGAUGUAAAUCACAGAACUGUAAAGCCUGUAGAAGACAGCUUAGGAGAAAACCUGGAUGACCUUGGGUACGGUGAUGCCUUUUUUUGAGAAAACACUAGAGACACAAUCUAUGAAAUUUCUUAUCUAAUUGAUUACCUGGGCUUCAUUAAAAUUCAACUUUUCUUCUCUUCAAAAGACAACAUCAAGAGAAUUACAGGACAAAUGAUGGGCUAGGAUAAAACAUUUGCAAAGACAUAUCUGAUAAAGGACUGUUAGCAAAACAUACAAAGAACUCUUCAAACUCAACAAUAAGAAAAUAAACAACCCAAUUGAAAAAGACCUUAACAGAAGCUUCACCAAGAAAGAUAUACAGAUGGCAAAUAAGCAUAUGAAAAGAUGUUCCACAUCAUAUGUCAUCAGGGAAAUGCAAAUUAAAACAACAGUGAGAUACCAUUCCACACUUACUAGAAUAGCCAAAAUCCGGAACAUGGACACCAAAUGCUGGCGAGGAUGUGGAGCGACAUGACUCUCAUUCGUUGCUGGUGGGAACACGAAACGUUGCAGCCACUGGGGAAGGUAGUUCGGCAGUUUCUUACACGACUAAACAUACUCUUACCAUACAACCCAGCAAUCCUCCUCCUCGGUAUUUUCCCAAAGGAGCUGAAAAUUUAUGCCUGAUGUAAGCCAAAUUUUGUAGCAGCUUUAUUCAAAAUUGCCAAAACUUAGAAGCAACCAAGAUGCCCUUCAGUAGGUCAACAGACCAAUGGCGAUACAUCCAGACAAUGGAAUAUUAUUCAGCACUACUAAGUCAUGAAAAGACAUGGAGGAACCUUCAAAGCAUGUUAUUAAGUGACACAAGCCAAUCUGAAAAGGCUGCAAACUGUAUGAUCCCAACUAGAUGACAUUCUGGAAAAAGCAAAAUUAUGGAAACAAUGAAAAGAUUAGUAGUUGUCAGGGGUGGUAGAGGGGGAGACGAAUGGGCAGAGCACAGAGGAUUUUUAGGUCAGUGAAAAUACUCUGUAUGAUAUUGUAAUGAUGGAGGUACGUCAUUAUACAUUUAUCUAAACCCAUACAACGUACAACACCAAGAGUGAACCCUGAGGUAAAUGAUGGAGUAAUUAGGAUGUGUUAAUAUAGGCUCUCCCUUGGUACAAAUGUACUGUUCUGGUGAGUGAUGUUGAUAUGGGGAGACUGUGUGUGGGGUGGGUAAUAUAGGGAAAAUCUCUGUACCUACCUCCCUCUCAGUUUUGUUGCAACCCUAAAACUGCUUUAAAAAAAAGUCUUAAAAACAUAAAUAAAUGCUGACCAGCUGCUA